AUGGCGAUAUUCAACAGGGAACAACGUCCACUAAAAAGGCCUAGAAUUGGCCCUCCAGAUUGCUAUCCUCAAAUGACCAAGCAAAAAGAGGACGAUUUAAGUAGUGAUACACUGAAGAACGGAUUUAAAAAUGUCGAAUUAGUUGAAGACGAGAUUGGCUCGGCUAAGCCUUUUGUUACUGUAUGCAAUUUCUCCAGGCUUGGAAGUCACUUCAAAGCUAUAACCGAAGAGAAACAGCGACUUAAUAAUGUCUAUGAUGUCAAUAAGAAGAAAAAUCAAGUGAAUUUGAAAGACGUUUAUUGGCCGGUUACUGCCAAAAAUCGCACUAACUUGAAUGCUUGGUUACAAGAUCUAGCGAUUAAUAAAUCUCUAAAAGAUUUAUCGAAGAAGAUUCCAACGUUAAAUUCCAAUCGUAAAGAAGAAGUUUUUCAACUUCUUUCUGACAAUUCUGUACCUUUAGCUAGAUCGGCUUGGUUUAUCAAGUUAUUAUCGACCGGGUAUAAUACGUCGUCGGAUUCCAAAAAGAAACGCCCAGGAGGUGACUUAUCUCACGACUGGACUCAGUCAUUAACGAAAUAUUUAAAAGAUUUAUUAAGUAAGUUAUCAGAUCAUUCACAUGGCCAGGGAAAAGUAACGUUAUCUUCAGAUAUUCUAUCAGCAUAUAAGCAAUUCUUAUACAACUCUCAGUUAGCAGAUUGGCUUUAUCAAUAUAUCAGAGAUAUUACGGCGUCUCAAUCUCUAGCUCGGGUAUUGGCUGGUAUUUGUACCCGGUACAUAUCCUAUCUCUAUUAUCAUAACAAUAAUAAUGCUAACGAAAAAGAAAGUAAACCAUCAUCAACUAAUUCUACGGAUAAUGGCACUACGGAGGAUUGGUCUUUAUUAGCCAUUUACAAUGAUUGCCAGCGGCAUUAUCCAAGAUUAUUGUUACUAACUUGCAUACUUCAGAUCAUAGCUAUUUUUUGCCCCGGUGCCUUAGUAUAUUCUAUCGGUGCUUGGAAUAAAGGAUCCAGUAAUGAUUCUUUAAUGCAUCAUGGUUCACCGUUGGAUUAUCUACCCGGUUCGAUAUGUCAGUUACCUGGAAUCGAGUUAUUGGAGGCUCGAGUACAAAAACAGAUGUUAGCUGCAAUGAAGGCGUCUCAAAGCCAAAUUCAACUUCGUAGCACACUAGUAGAAAAUCGUUGGUCUUCUGAAAAGUGUAAAGAAUCAGAUAUCUCAGUAGUAGUAACACAAGUGUUAUCUGUUCUUGAAAUUCACGAUAAAGGCGCUUACGCUCGUCACAACAACGGAAUCUCGGUGGAAAAUUUAUAUACAAAUAUUUUUCCUGCUAUCAUUAAAGGCUCUUUAGUUAAGGAUGUCUUGAAUAAUGAUGAAGCUAUUAUCAUGCAUCUUUUGGAAUGGGCCGUAACUCCCUUUCGUUAUGGGUUUCAUCGUCCUAUUCUUGUUGCGAUACUACUUGAACGUCGACAGGGCGAUUUAGAAAGAAUGAAUGAAAACGAUGCAAUUUGCAAUCACCUUUAUUAUCAGGAGUUAUUGUUACGAUUUCUUGAUUAUUAUGCCAUAUUGCCAUCAGAUGAUAGUGAACUAGAAUUAGAACAAUCGAAUGCCUCGUUUAAAUUAUUAGUGGCAUUAUUUGCCGAAUUGAUUCGCCGUAAAGUAUUUUCACAUGAUAAAUACAUUAUGACUUUAAUAUCUCGGGGAGAUAUUUCUACUACGUCAAAUAGUAGUAGAUCUUACGCGAACUCACCGGAUCAGAUUGUUGGCGAAAAUGAUCACGAUGGAGAAAGCGAUGAAUGCAGCCAUCUAGGGAAGAAAAAUGAAGAAGAAAAUGUAAUUGAAUGUGGCUCACCAUUUUCGGUUAGACGUGAUUCGGAAGCUGAUAUUUCAGAUCAGCUAAAGCAACAGCUAUCGCAACAGCAGGAAGAGCUACAACAGUUACUAGAGAGUAACGAAACUAAUAGCUGUAAUGGCAACAUGGAUAUAAUGGAAUACGACAACGCAACUGACGAUGUUGCUUUUGCUAAACCUGAACAAGAAAAUAUUGCCAAUAAAACAGAAGGAAAUUUAUCUGACAAUGACGAAAGAGGACGAGAUGAUGAUAAAGAUAAAAAUUUUAAUAAUGUAACAACCGAUACACGAAAAACAUUUCAACAUAUCGCUUAUGUGCUUCAUUUUCCUUUACCUGAUAUUGAUUUAAGAAAUGUCGAUGUAGGCUCGCACGAGAGUAGACAGAGAUUCACAGUUUUAUAUGGCGUUGGCGAGAGCAGAAAUUUAGCUCUACAAGAGGUUACAGAAAUGUGGGACGAAAUCAAUAGUUGUGUUGAUUACUUAACUACAUGCGAUAGCCAAAAUUCUAGUUCAAAUGAUAGCAAUCGUAUUAAUUAUGCAAGUUAUCUUGCUCCUACAAUCAGAAAAUUUAAAACUCUGCACAUUUACAGUCAAUACGUGUUAGCGAACACUUGCGCUAACUUAAUUAUGGAAAAUGUGAUUAAAGAAAAUCGAUACCCCUCCAUAAAUAAAUUUAAUUUUGUUGCUGAUUUGAUGGAGAUCGCCGGAGAUAUUAAUGGAUUUCUUCAAUUUGUUAUUCGUUUACUAAGUGAGGGCGAUAGCGGUGCGGCAGAAACUCGAUCAUCCUUGGUACUUACAAUAGUAGCUGUGUUCCGUCGUUAUUAUAACUGUCUGUUGGUAUCAUUGAAGCAAGCUACUGAAGCCGUUGAAGGAUUGUGGAGAAUCGUAAAACAUAUCACUAAUCCAGCAUCAUGCUCUAGCGCUGAUCGUUGUGCGUUAGCUUGUUUGGCAGAUAUAUUUACACAUUGCAGUGAUUUAAAGCUGAAAAAUCGAGCUGAGCUCGAGAGCGUUCUUCAAAAGGUUAAGGACAGUUUACCUUGUAGCGGACUUUCGAAAUCCAACGAUCCAAUUGAUUGGAAAAUUUUCGGUGAAGAAUUUAAGGAACCAAGGCGAGUAAACAGUGUUCCAGUGCAAUUUUGA